UCUUCUUUUUUUUUUUUUUUUUCUCAAUCCCCAGACAAAGACAGCCAUCCAAUGUCCACAACUCAGGUCGGAGCCGGCAUCGGUAUCGCCAACUUGCCCAACCAGCGCCAUAAGAUUGUCGCCAAACGCGGUGCCAACUUCACGCUGAUGGUCUGCGGCGAGUCUGGGCUUGGAAAGACCACCUUCAUCAACACUCUCUUCACCACAACCCUCAAGUCCCCCAAGAACCACAAGCGUCGCUUCAACAAGACAGGCGAGAAGACUGUUGAGAUUGAGAUCAUCCGCGCUGAACUCGAGGAGAAGCAGUUCAAUGUCAAGUUGUCUGUCAUUGACACCCCAGGAUUUGGAGACUAUACCAACAACCGCGACAGCUGGAUGCCUAUUAUCGACUUUAUUGAUGAUCAGCACGAAUCUUAUAUGCGUCAGGAGCAGCAGCCCAAGCGUCAUGAGCUGAGUGACAUGCGCGUUCACUGCUGUCUGUACUUCAUUCGUCCCACCGGACACACACUCAAACCCUUGGACAUCGAGGUCAUGAAGCGCUUGGGGACCCGUGUUAACCUGAUCCCAGUGAUUGCCAAGGCCGAUACAAUGACCCCUACGGACUUGCACAAGUUCAAGAAGCGCAUCUUGGAGGUCAUCGCUGCCCAGAACAUCCAGUGCUAUACGUUCCCUCUGGAGAGUGAUGACGAAGCCAGCACCCGUCGCAACAUGAACAUUAUGUCUGCCAUGCCAUUCUCGAUCAUUGGAAGCAUAGAUGACGUCCUCACCGAUGAUGGUCGCACUGUGAAGGGCCGUCAAUACUCAUGGGGCGUUGCAGAAGUCGAGAAUGAGGACCAUUGCGAUUUCAAGAAGCUUCGCCAGCUUUUGAUCCGCACCCACAUGCUGGAUCUCAUCAGCUCAACCGAGGAGACCCACUACGAAAACUAUCGCAACGCUCAGAUGGAGACUCGCAAGAUUGGCGAGGCCAAGACCAAGACUGUUACUAAUCCCAAGUGGAAGGAAGAGGAAGAGGCCCUUCGUAAGCGCUUCACUGAGCAGGUCAGACUGGAGGAGAACAGAUUCAGAUCUUGGGAGCAACAGCUGAUUGCUGAGCGCGACAGAUUGAACAAGGACUUGGAGGCAGAGCACUCGCACAUUAAGGCUCUGGAAGCCGAGCUGGAAUCGAUGCAGGCGGGUCUUUCUCCCAAGCGCAAGUAGAAUGACAGCAGUGAGACAAGAAGAGAAGGAUACCCCUUAUGUUAUUUGAUUUUGCUUUAUGUUCUUUUUUUUUUUCUUCAAAGGAUCCUGUUUUCAGCUGGCGAGCAACCACAAUCAUAGAUGUCAUCCGGGAUACGCUUUGAUAUCGACCUUUGUUUGAACGUCUGGAUCAUAGAAUAACCCAAAUAAAGACAACCAAACCAUGCCAUGCCGAUGAGCUGGCUGAAUUGUCAAAAAAA